AUGAAAAAGGGAUUUUCUACUUUCAUUUAUGAUGAAAACAGCUCAGAGAAUCCACUGCUCAAAUCCAGCAAUGGGAGUUCAAAAUCAAAUGCAGUUCCUUGCAAGGAUACAUAUGUUCACAGGGUCAAUCAACCUAUGAUCAGUUUUACAGCCAUUCCUUCCCUCAGCUGCAUGGAUGUUUCUACAAGUCAAUCAGAUAACUGUUCAGUUUCUUUGGAUGAGAGCAUGUCCACUUGUGAUUCUUUGGGGAGUCCUGAAUUUGAAUACAUGGACAAAGAUGGCGACUUGGCAGUUAGUAUUAUUGAGAGGAAGACUUGUGACAUUCUUAUCAUAUCAGAUCAUUUGGGAAUAGCACGGGAUAUGUCCAAGAGAGACACAUUUGAGGAGAUUGAAACAGUUUGUGAAGUUGGUGGUGUGGACGAUCCCCAGUUUUGUCCAACAAUUGCAUGCGACACCUAUCAGAUCUUGCGUGUAUCUGAG